AAGGGGAAGUGUGAACAGCAGCAGCAGCAAAGUUUGCUAAGCUGUCAGAACGCAGACAGACUAUUCAGAUACAGAUUCUUCUUCUAAGCAGGUCUGGUCAGAGGGUGUCACAUUAUGGCUCAACGAUGUCUCAAGUUUUUAAAAUACACCAUGUGUGUCGCCAACCUCCUUUGUUUUUUGUGCGGCGUGGCGGUUCUGGGCUUUGGCGUGUACAUGUUGAUGAUGGAGGACGGGCCGGCCGCACUCCUCCCCAGCCUGGCCAGUCUCAACAUUGCCAACAUGCUGGUGAUCAGCGGCAUUGUCAUCACCUGCGUGUCCUUCCUGGGGUUCCUGGGUGCUCUGAAGGAGAACCGCUGUCUCCUCCUGAUGUAUUUCCUGCUGCUGUUCCUUCUGAUGCUGGUGGAGCUGACCGCAGCAUGUCUGCUACUCUGGUACGAGGACAAGCUCUCUAAAGUGAUAACAGACGAUCUCAACAAAGGUUUGGAAGAAGCCAAAGGAAGUUCUGGAAAUCUAACACUGAGUGAGUGGGCUCUGGUUCAGAAUUACUUUCAAUGCUGUGGAGUCACAAAUGUGACGGACUGGGGUGACAAGGUGCCGGUAUCUUGCUGCCUGAGAGAAUGCAGCAUCCCUCAGCCUCCUUACAAGCAAAAGGGCUGUUUGGAAACAAUGCAGACCUUCUUUGAGGACAAUUUCCUUACCACUGGAAUUUCUGUCAUCGUCCUCUGCCUUAUUGAGGUUUUGGGGAUGUGUUUCGCCAUGACGCUCUUCUGCCACAUCAGUCGAUCUGGACUGGGCUACAAGUUAUAGAUCAGUGGAAGGCAAACAGUGGCCUAUGGACCAAAUUAGGCACCCUCAGAAAAAUAUUUGGCUGGUCAAAGAGAGCUGAACCUUUUGCUUUAUUAUUCACAAAUAUACUAUGGGUAAAUGUAAAUAACUGUUGAUCAAAUGUUGGCUCUUUUCCGUGGCGACAAAAACUGUAUUUUUUUUAAACAUAAAGGACAGAGGUCUCUAUGCUGAGUUUGAAAAAAUCAUCAGUAACAAUUUAAAUCUCAUUGUGCGUAAAUCUCUUUUAAAAGUGUUAUACAGCAACACAAACAGCACUCACUAGCUAAAAUCUGGUUUAAUAGAAAAAAAUAUUCUUAAUACAACUGAAAAAAAAUUAAACAGGACAUGAGGCUGCAUCUCCAGUGUAGCUGUCAAACAUGGUUGUCCUGUGAUAGAAUACUGAAAGAAACUUACUCACAGUUACACCUGCUGAAGACAUGGUUUAGACUAUAUUCCCUAUUAAACAACAAAUCUUGCACCUUUGUAUUUCAGAGUAAUAUAUUGUUCAGGUCUGCCCUUUAAAAACCGUUGUGUGUAGAGGGUUAGGUUUUUUAUAGAUCAGAAGCAUGUUUGAAUUUUUUUUACACAGCGGUGACCACUGCAUUUCCAUUUUUUACUUGACCAACUUUCUCAUGUACCCGAAAGUAAAGCUAUAAAUAUUUCA